AUGGCCUCUUUAAGCUGCGGUUAUAAGUGUCUGCAGAUUCUUUUAGUGAUAUUUAAUAUCCUUGUUUUUGCAUGUGGAAUUGCUUUGAUAGUGAUUGGGAGUCUCUCUCAAGUUGCUAUUAAUAACUACUCUUCUGGGAUCGAUUCAAGCAUCAAAGGUCUCGUAAUCUUCGUGAUAGUACUCGGAUGCUUCCUAUUUUUGCUUGGAUUUCUCGGAUUUUGUGGGGCAUGUACCAAAAAUACUUGUUGUCUAAUCUUGUACGCAAUUCUUCUGUCAAUCAUGGUUGCGGCUGAAAUAGCGGCAGGAAUAACGGCUGCUGUGCUGAGAGACGAAGUAAAAUCCCAGUUCCUAUCUUUGGUUAAAAGCUCCGUCAAUGAAUAUAGCAAGAAUCCGGACUUUAAGGAUUUCUUAGACAAGAUACAACAAGAGUUUCAAUGUUGCGGCUCUGAAUCCUCAAGUGACUACACAUCAUCUGGACAAACCGUCCCUGACUCAUGUAAAGAUACAAAAACUAAGGCUAUAUACCCAGAUGGUUGUUCAUACAAAGUAAUCUCCUUCUUUGAAAAGUAUAUUGUCGCCGUUUUAGUAGCGGCAUUUGUAUUCGCUAUCCUUCAAUUAUUGUGUAUUGUUUUUGCUAUCUGUGUUAUUCGAGCUAUCAAAUCUGGCGAUUCUGACUGA